ACUACCAGACAAGACCGAUGGUAGAGAAGGUGACCAAAACGCCUCAUGAGGAUCUCAUAUGUCCGCUGUGUCUUGAUAUUUUCGAAGAUGCAACUCUUCUCAACUGUGAACACACCUUCUGUCGAAGAUGUCUCGUCAAAUGUGACGAAAGUCAAAGAGACAGUGAUCACCUGACCUGUCCUCUUUGUCGGAGUACCACCAAGCUUCCAGAGACCAGAGUUCCUGGACUCUCCAGGAACCGUUCUAUUGCUGAACGCGUCGAUGAGUACACCAGCUCCUUGGGUGGAUUGAUGGCGCUUCUGGAUGCCAAACAAACGUGCUCGUCAUGCAACGAGGAUUCGAUCGCUGUGUCAUUUUGCAAAGAUUGUGAUGUUUAUAUGUGCGAAUGUUGUCAUAAGGGUCAUCGGCAAAUGCGAUUCCUCUUUGCUAAACAUCGUGUUGCUUCACUGGAUGAUGGGGAAGUAGUCACCCAUCGGCAGAGUGAUAGGUGUGUAGCGCAUGAACUGCAGAGGAAAGACCUCUUCUGCGAAACAUGCACAGUUCAUGUUUGCCUAAAGUGCGUCGUCGUCGACCACCGAGGUCACGUGAUCAAAAACCAGGAGGAUUUCGAGAAGGACAUUCAGGAGAAGAUAAAUGACAUUAGCCAACAGUGCAGCCGAGGGAAGAAUCGCAUUAAGGAGAAUAUUCGGCGGAUAGAGCAGGCCCGACGCGACAUGCAUGGUACCAUUCAGAAUCUCGAAGGAGGUGUUCUUAAAGUACGUGACAGCAAGCUACAGCGUCUUCAAGGAACGCAGAAUGCACUUGUGGAGAAUUUAAGAUCAGUACAGGGAAGGUUCGACGAGGAACUUGACAUGUUAAAAGCCAACCAGAGAAAAAGGGUAAAGACUAUUAGCAGUUUGUUGUCACUGGUGAUGGUGGACAGACUGAAAAAUCUAGAGGGCGAUAGCUUUUCAGCUCAUUCGCUCGCGUGUGAAGACCUCCAGAAGCUCUUGAAAGAAACAGAUGAUGUAACCAUUGCAGUGGAUCAAAUGAAGAAGGCUGCAAAUGGGGUCGAGUUCUGCUCUGUGGACGAGAGGUUGCUAGACCUGGGUUAUAUGCAGGUCGGAAUGAGGUUGGUGAGGGAAUUAGAUGUUGCCUUUGAUGCUUUGGGAAUGGCAGCGCUGUCUACUGAUGCUGUGGUACUAGUUCCAGGAGGAGGCGGAAAUACAUACAAAAGCUACUUCCUAUCUGGCCGAGAGGAGCCAUAUCUACGUGACUGCAUCAAGGAGCCCUUGCAUGAUCUAACUAUCUUAGCUGAUGGUAGACCUGUCGUGUCUCGUACAACCGAGAUGUGUAGCGUAUAUUCCACCAGCAAUGAUACAUCGUUUAAUUACACUUGCAAGAAAGGGCGGUGGGAUCUCAGGCUAUGCAGAGACCAUCGCGAUAAUGUGUACGCCGUCAACAAGAAUCCAGAGGUAUAUAUUUUCAGUGGUGAGGACCCAAAUCCAAGGAAAGUCGUCCCCAUUAAAAUCAACGCAAUAAAGGUUGCAGUUACCACGACGGGUGUAAUAAUCACAGGUACUUGCAUCUACGCGCCGAGCACAAUCCAUGUCUAUGAUACAGAUGGUCACUUAGGCAGUAGCAUCCAAGCAGAAAAGGAAAACGAAUACUUGUACGCGGCAGUAGAUAGUCAUGAUAGAGUUCUGGUGGCCCGAGUUGAAGGUGGCUCAAAAGUGCUUCGGUUAGCUAGGUACCGUCUUGUAGGUGUAACCCUCAUUGAGGAUAUAAGAUUCAGGGAUCUGAAACUUCCCCAUAAAAUCGGUAGUUCAUCGUUCUGGAAUGCCUUUUGCUGCAUGGUAUCUCUGACGCCCAAACUUGUUGCCAUAGCAACUCGAACCAAACAUCUAUACUUCAUUGAACUGGGCGUUUAACCAUGUUACAAUCGAGGUCUGGAAGAUUAAGGUGUGCAUCCGCAUGGCUCUAGCUAUAGACUCAUAGGCGAUAAUGUUCCCUAUAGAUGGGUUGGGGAUACGUGCACUACAUAGAGGCAAGGUAUGAGCGAAGCGAUCGAGUUGAUUACAAAGCCAUAAUUCUUUUACACUGCUAUCAGUGCAUUGAAAUGGAAAGAUCUUGUGUACGCUGAGAGAUGUUUUAUUAUUCAUGUAAUUGUAUUUUUCAAAUUUAACUAACAACAAAAUUAUUAUGCCCCCUGAUCCCCGGAUAUUUGCGACCGUGCAUAUUUGUCAAAGUGUACUCUGUACAAAAACACUAUUAAUUAUGUAUACAUCCUCGGAAUUUCAAAAAGGGGGAACCACUGUACGUUAAUUAACAAUUAAUCUAUAUAGAAUGAAAGGAGAAGUUUAGCAAUACAUCUUUUCUUUUCAAAUAUCGCACGGGGUGUCACUAGAUGUGUGUUAAGCGAUCCAGAUAAAAACUUCACACCUAAAAGCCCCACGCCAUAUAGAUUUGCCAUCACUCUUUAGAUUAUACCUCAAAGUUCACCAAAAGUAUCCGCCAAAUGCUUCAAUUUGAUUUUUAUAUGUAUUUAUUCAUCAUUCAAUAUUUUUAUCAUGUUUUGUUUGAUGAAUUUUAAACAAUAUCGAUAAUAUCAUCCCUUUUUAUUGCGAUCAGGCAUAUGUUAAUACGGUUCGUGUCGUCUUCAUGUAAUUUCAGCAAAAUGGUAUAUGUUAAAAUUAAGUUGUUUAUAUGUGAAUCGUUAUCAUAUAUACAUGUAUAUCAAUUCAAUUAACUUAUCGAACCAUAAAACAUAACAUAUGUUUACACAGUAAUAUAUGAACACACUAGAAAAGAAAGAUUGCUUAUAUACGUUCCAAGAUCUUGCCAUCUGAUCAUCUCUUCUAAAAGAUGUAGACUAGUCCAGAUUGGACCUUGUUGUUUGGAAGUGCCCUUUCCCAAAGCUAACAUAGAGGGCACAUGUCUCCCAAUCUCUAAUCGGCGGAUUGGCGCUAGACCUUGGUUAUAUUCUGGUGCAUGGUCAUUCUUUUACGAAGAAAAGUUGGUCUUCUAUGGAACAAUUAGUAAAUCAAUGACCCCCCCCCCCCAUUUUCCUGCAUCAGGAUUGUUCGAUGUUUACGUGAUCAUGUAAUGAUUAUUGGAGAGGCCUAUCAUCACCGAUUCGUGUAGCGAUUUAACAUUCAGGACAUAUUUAACAUUAAAUAUAAAAUGGCGCUUAUGAUUGUAAAAACUACUCUGUUGUUGCCGUUGCUCACUGCUUGGGUCAGGAAGAUUUCUAGGCCCCGUCUUGCAAAGAGUUAUGAUUGAUCAAAUCAAUCUCAACUGUAUGGAAAUUCAUCCAUACCAUAACCUUUUCGACAAUAAUCUUUAGUAAACAAGGGAAAUUACACCGAUUCUUCAGGAGAACGAUGAAUGUAUGAAUAUACAUCAUUAUUUAUAAUUUGAACAAAUUUGCAUUUCAGAUGUUGACGUUGCUGGCCAUCCGUAGUUGUGGUUUAUCGGAUCGAUCGAAACUCUUUGUAAGAUGGGGCCAUGGAGAGUUCGUAUUUCCAAUGGAAACCAUAACAAAAACAAAGAAAAAAAAGAUUCUAUCAACUGAAAUCAUAACGGAGAUUACUGAUCAAACCAAGACGGAACCUAUAUGAGCAAAGAAGGUACAAGGGGAUCUGAGAGCACUGAAGAAGAUAGUAGGUCCUACAAUUGUUUUAAUAGCACCACGCCCUAUCCUAUAAUUUAAACUACUAGAAAAGUGCCAUGCGUCACAAUGUAAUGUUUUGGCACUGGAGGAAGAGUUUAACCGUGGAAGCGCCGUGGUGUAACGAUUCUGACUCUCGCCUUCUAAUCAGAG